AAAUCCCCUCAUCUCUUUACCUCCGCAUUCUCUCCCACAUUCCAUUAUUCAUCUCUACUUGAACCAACCAAACAAACCGAUACAAAAAAUAAUUCGAAAAUAAAAUACAGACGAUGAGGGUUCACCCAGCUCCGAUUCAAGAACACCGAAACGCGAGAUGCCGCUACAACAAGAAGCAGCUCCGCAGACUCCCCCACAUCUUCGCGAAAGUUCUCGAACUCCCCUUCCACUCAAACGCCGACGUUUUGGUCCACGAGACUUCCGAUUCACUCCGCUUCGUUAUCACAACCGAGGACGCCGCCAUCGGGGACGACAUCAGGGCCCACUCUGUGAAUAUUCACCCGGGAAUCACCAAGAUUGUCGUACGAGGAGGGGGUGAAGACGUGGAGGACUUGUCGGUGGAUGAGCUGGAGCUUGAUGUGUGGAGAUUCCGGUUGCCGGAGGCGACUUUGCCGGAGAUGGCGAGCGCGGCGUUCAGCGACGGCGAGCUGGUGGUGGUGGUGCCGAAGGGAGAGGAGGUGGAGGAGGUGGAGGAGAGGUGGGGAGAGAGGAGUGGGCAGUUUGUAUUUGUACACUGAUGUUUUAUUUGUUGUGUGUGUGUGUGAGUUGUGUUAUUUGAGGUUGAUUAAUAAGUGCCCUCAUCUCAACUUGCUUUUUGAGUUUAAUUCCAGGUUUCUAAUUUUCAAACA